ACCAAUCAUGAUAAAGAAAUCCUAGUUCUUAUCUUUGUUCUUAUUGGUCAAUUAAAUGCUACUCUACUCGUCGAGUUUUGGGACGCAACUAUGGAAGUUGUGUAUGUGCAUACAUAUGUUGAUAGCACUGUUAAACGUCAAGGCCGUGCUUCAAUUGACUCGAUUGGGUUCAGACCAGAGCUCGCAUGUUUGACAGACUACGCGAAAGUUCAUAGUUUUUAGUAAUUGUGCCGGAUUAUUAACCAAGGUAUUGUUUCAUGGGAAAUAUCGCGCGCACAGCAUUUCGAGAUAGCAGUACGUCAAACGAACCUGCGUUUCAAAUUCUCGGAAAACAAAUAGUACAAAAUGAAGCCUUUGAUCGAAUUCGAAGAAUGUUUACGAGAUACUCCCAAGUUUCGAUCCUGCAUCGAGGAGGUAGAAGGAGAUAUAGAUCAACUUGAACAAAAAUUGGAUAAGGUAUUGGCACAAUACUGUUGUUACAGUAACACAGGCAGGCAUAUACUGUUUGUAUUAUCGAUUGGACCAUUGCGGCAUAAUUAUUACAUUAUAUGGCUGGUGCCAAGAAUAUGUAUAUAUAUACAUAGUCUUUUUUGUCCUGUGCUACCUUUUGCUACAACUUUGUUAUUUACAGUUUACAACAUAGCCACAUCAAUAAUAAUAAUAAUCUGUCAUCUUGCCAAUAGCCAAUUUGCCAAUAGUCUGUGGGAGUUGUCUCUGUACUUCAGCGAUGAUCCAGAAAUAAUGGCAUUUUUAAACAAACUCAUUCAUGCUCUGCAAGAGAUGAACAAGUAUCAUAGUAUCUUGUUAGACCAAGCUUCUAGGACUGUAAUGAAAGAUCUUAAUAAUUUUAUCAAGAGCGACAUCAAGAGAGUAAAGGAGUCACGGCAUUAUUUUGAAAGGAUCUCCAGCGACCUGGAUGUCGCGUUAAAUAGGAACUCUCAGGUGCCAAAAUCUCGGCCGGCAGAAUAUGAGGAAGCCUCGAAUAUCCUCUCGGCCACACGAUCUUGUUUUCGGCACACCGCAUUGGAUUACAUUCACGCGCUGACGAUGCUACAAGCGCGCAAACGCCACGAAAUAUUAGGCACAUUGCUGAGUUACAUGCAUGCAUGCAUCACUUAUUACCACCAAGGUAGUGAUCUUGCUCAAGACUUGGAUCCAUUCCUGAGAGAUCUCGGCGAGAACUUAGUCAGUAUGAGAGGUGAUACGAAUAAGCUCGAAAAAGAAAUGGAAAAUCGGCAUAUUUACGUUAACAAUAGGGAUCUGAUUCCCUCUCCUGUACCUGGCAAUCCCAAGAUGGAGGGAUAUUUGUUUAAAAGAACGAGUAAUGCUUUCAAAACCUGGAACAGAAGGUGGUUCUGCUUGAAGGAUCAUCAGCUGGUCUAUCGAAAGCGAACAGGUGACGAAGGUUAUACAAUCAUGGAAGAAGAUCUACGAUUAUGCACCGUAAAACCAGUAGUCGAUUGCGACAGGAGGAAUUGUUUCGAAGUUUUAAGUCCGACUAAGAGUCACAUAUUGCAAGCGGACAGUGAAGAAACUUAUUUGGCAUGGGUGACUGCCAUGCAGCAAGCUAUCGGUGCUGCCAUUCAAAGAGGAAUGAGUGUAAACGCGAACGUUGAUCCACGUGAAUCUCAGUCGCGCGACAGCAAGGGCCCCGCGAGGCCGCUAACGAGACCUAAAUCGAGAGUAUGGGAGCAGUUAUUGAAGAUAUCUGGCAAUGAGAUUUGUUGCGAUUGUGGCGAUAUUAACCCACGAUGGGCCAGCAUCAAUCUGGGGAUUACACUCUGCAUAGAAUGCUCCGGUGUACACAGAAGUCUCGGUGUACACUACAGCAAAGUACGUUCCUUAACUCUAGACGACUGGGAACCGGAAAUACUGAAGGUGAUGGCAGAAUUAGGCAACACCGUGGUAAAUAGCAUAUACGAGGCUUUACCUAUACCUGCCGACAUUACCAAAGCUACGCCAAAAUGCAACGGUAACAUUCGGGAAAUCUGGAUAAAGUCAAAGUACGUAGAUCAUAAAUUCGUAAAGCCUGUAACCGACGCGCUACCGUCCGGGCAUCACGUCAGUCGAGACGAAAUGUACUUUCGAAAGUGGAGCGUACGUAAGUUACGCCGCAGACCACGCAGUUGCGACAAGAUCGACGAUGGCAGUCGCGAUAGAGCGUUGUCGUCCGUAAAAGAAAGCAAUCACUCGACGAGCUCGGACGACAGCAAACACACAUCGAUCGACAGUUUAAAUUCCGUUGGCAAGGCAAAGCUUACGGGGCGCAAUUCUGUCGGCUCGGAUGACGGUGCUAAUGUGGAUUUGAAAAAUAACUCUGCUCUCUACGGAAGAAUCUUGAAUCGUUCGCAACACGAUCUCAACAACGUUACUAAUAAACACGUGAAAAGCACCGCGUCCUGCAGAGAAGCGGUGAGCGGUGAAGAUAUUCGUUUAGACAGUAGUCGAAAUAACGAUACAAGCGAAACAAGGAACAAUUCCGACAGGCGCGCCGACGACACCAAAGACAAUGACAAAGACAUUUUGGAAAGUAAGGAGUCUCCCAAAUUGGAAAAACAUUGUAAGGAUAAAGCGGAAUCGAACGUAUUGAUGUUUGGCUGCGAUGUGCCGAAACCCACGAUCGAUGGCAGUCUAGAAUUGGUGAGCUCUGAUCAAGAUUCUACAGCUGGUGAGGACGAAGAAUUUACCGACGAGGAAGAUAUAGAAAAUCUGCAUCCCGACAUGUUGCUUUAUAAAGCCGCAGCGGCUCAUAAUCUUCCCGUGAUGUGUGCGGCAUUGGCGGCUGGCGCCGACAAAUUGUGGUCCAAUGUUAACGAUAAAAGUCGCAGUGCUCUACAUCAAGCGAUAAUAAGCGGUUCUGUUAUGUCGUGCGAAUAUCUUCUCCUGAAUGGAGCACGAAUUAAUUGUCGAGACGCCGACGGAAAAACGCCGUUGUAUUUGGCGACUGAAUUGGGACACACCGCGCAAGUGUGCUUACUCUUGAAACAUCAUGCCGAUCAACACAUCGAAGAUGAAAACGGGGUAAAGCCUUUGUCGAUCGCUGUAAAGGAAGCAAAUGCUGACAUCGUUACAUUACUGCGGCUUGGACUCUUAAACGAAGAAAUGAAGGAUUCGGAGAUAGGCGUCACAGGUGACGAAACAUUCAACGAUGUUGUUCGUGAUUUCAGCCAAUUGGCUUGUUCGCAUCCAGAGCGAUUGCAACGUCGGAACGAAUCCACAAAUUUACCAAACAUGCCUGAUUGAGUUUUGCAAAUUUUAACAGCUAUCCAAAGGUUUACCGGUUGCGCAAAUACAACGAUAUUUUAUAUUUUAUGAACGAUGCAUUAGCCACGAAACAUGUUGCAAAAGUAGUCUUUCAAAUUGUCGCAGGGUAUUAAUCAUGUAAGCGCGCGAGUGGAAAAAUUAUGGCCGAGCCACUUUCUACAGAGGUAUUUUCAAAUAUCUACAUUCUUCUUUUUCUUAUGAAACAAAGUAAACAAGUAGCCUUAUACUUUAAAUAUCACUCAAAGAGCGUGAUACAUCGUGAUUAUGUACUUUUGACUCCAUAUCUUUUUACUUGUAUCGUAGUAUUAUUGUGUCUCUUUAGGAAUAAUUCGUGUCGCAACAAUCAAUUCCUCCUCAUUUAUGCGUACGUAGAAUUACGACUACAUGCACUGAAAUGCGACGAACGUUUAAAAAAGAAGAAACGCUUCUAUCAAUUAUUUGCUCGACUUUGUCGAGUUUCCAUGCGCAAGAUGUAGUAGAAUAUUUUCCACAUAUUCAAGAACAAACAUACAUAUACAUAUUUAUAUGUUGUACGUGAUAUAAAAGCACGCAAAAUAUUUGCUCACGCUACGUUACAUCGAAAGUUUUGCUAUUAUACGUUAAACGUUGGAUACAUAUUAUAGCCUAGGUAUGUAAUGGAAUGAUUAUGAUUGAUGCAUUAGAGCAUCGAAUCAACUAGUUGCCCUGCAAAUUACUUGGAAAGUAACGUAUCAUCGAUCGGGUCGAUCGGAUAAAAAAGUUCGUCAUCUUGUAAUCAAAUACAUGACAUGUUGAUAUAACUUGUGUUACCAUAGUGAUACGCAGUUGUAUGUCAGUUAAUUGGUCAUCAACUUGUACGCUUCCCGAAUUAGAUGAACAAAGUGACGAGAAAAAGGGAGAGAAACGUAAAAUCCCUGUUGCCAAAAAUUCCCACUUGUAUAUAGAAACGUUGAGAUCUGAUUGUUUUUUAUAUAUUUUCUAAAAUAGAAUUUGUGAUUUUUUUAGAAACUUGUACAGAAUGCAAUGUUAUGAAAUUAGAAAAAGGAAAAAUGAUGAAAUUUCUUAGCAAGAAAUCACGCAUAUUUUACCGCAUUUAUACAUAUUUAUACCACUAAUGAUAUGUAAAUAGGUUAGGCAAUACACAUACACAAAACACACAUUCCUGGUGUACUAUGCCGACUCUUUUACAUGUCUUUCGAAGAGAAUUAAGCACGAAAAGUGACAUGAGAGAUGACUCUUAGUCGUUAAGUCGAUCGAAAGAAAAAGAAGUAAUUUGCGGAAGUACGGCGAUUAUUAAAAAAUUAAAAUAUGGAAUACUGCAAUGUCAUGAUCAUUGUAGACAUUUGCUUUUGAUAGGUAGUCCCCGUGUUAUUAUCGAUUGAUUACAGAUCUCGUGUUUAUAAGGAAGAACUCAAAUCGCGAAGCAACUAGAAUAACAUACGAGAUACGUACAAACAUGUACGCAUUUCAAAUUUUUAUAAAGAUGUGCCGUUAUAAUACAACCGAUAUUCGCUAUAAUUUAUAUCUGUAUUAACUUUUACAAUUUGCGAGAUAAAAUUACAGUUAAUAAUAUUAUAUUAAUCUAAUAUUACCGAAAAGAAAAGAAAUUGUAAAUACA